UGCAGUAGUACAUGCAGUAUUUGAUUGUUAAUAUGCAUAGUUUGUUCGUUUUCGCUUUGAUCGCAGCUGUGUCUGCUGAUGUUAUUUAUGAAGGACCAUGCCCUAACAUCCAGCCUAAAGCAGACUUUGAUUUCUCUGCUUACCAAGGAACAUGGUAUGAGAUGGCUCGAUACCCUCACGCCGGCGAAGAAGGAUCUAAGGGCAAAUGUACUCUUAUCGAAUAUUACGUUAAUGGGAAUAAAAACGGCAGAGUAAAAAAAACUCACGUUGUGGAUAACAUACAGAAAUAUGUUGAAGGAGGUUUGAUGCUGUCUGGACCUGCUACAAUGAUGACUACAUUGACUUUUGGAGGUGUAUCAAAGAACGCAUACAUUACCGUACUUGACACUGACUACUCGAACUACGGUAUCGCCUACAGUUGCAGAUACUUCCCUGACGGCAAUAAACAUCAAGUGAGGUCGUGGAUCUUGUCAAGAACUACCACACUGGACGAGAAUUCGAGGGCCAUGGUCGAUAAUUACUUGAACGAGUCUAGAAUACUAGAUAACAACAAAUACAUCGGCAACGAUUAUUCACCAUUGGCUUGCCAGGCAUCUGUUGUGAAAUCAAUUACCGAUUUACAGAAUCAGUAUUAUUAA